GUCUUGGAGACAGCAGUGUCCCCCGUGCUCUGCUAUUUCACCAAACCCUGUGAAUGCAGCUCUGCUAAGUAAACAUUGCCGAGCUGCUAAUCACAAGCUCUGAAACAAAACAGCACUUCACUUCGGGAUCUGGGCAAGAUCAGAGCUCGUUGCUCGCUCCCUCUCCCUCCCUCCUUCCCUCCCUCCCUCUCCCUCGGAUCUCGCAGCUCUCAGCCUCUCUCUCUUUCUCCCCAGGCUGGGGAGAACUCGCAGGGUAAAACUGACAGAGGCUGCGGUUUUGUCAGAGGCUUGCUUGCUUGCUGGUUUUCUCCAGAGAGACCAGGGGGGUAUUUCCUAGCCAUCCUUUCCAACCUGUUCAUGUUGUGAUCCGCAGCAGCACCACCAAAAGUUGUUGGGAGCACCAAUGAUGGGACUUCAUUUACAACCCUUCGCUUUGCACUUUCUGGCUUUGACUUUUCCCUUAGUGGCGCUGGGUUUCUCUGAUGAAACCUUAGAGAAAGCCACGAAAUCAGAGGGAUAUUGCAGCCGGAUUCUGCGAGCCCAAGGCACCAGAAGAGAGGGAUAUAAUGAAUUUAGCCUGAGAGUGGAAGGCGAUCCUGAAUUUUACAAGCCUGGAAACAAUUACAGGGUAACACUUUCUGCUGCCACUCCAGCCUACUUCCGUGGAUUCACACUGAUUGCUCUGAAGGAGGGCAAAGAGGGAGACAAAGAAGAAGAUCAUGCAGGAACCUUUCAGAUUAUAGAUGAAGAAGAAACACAAUUCAUGAGUAAUUGUCCUGUUGCUGUUACUGAGAGUACUCCAAGAAGACGGACACGCAUUCACGUUUUCUGGACAGCGCCUCCUGUUGGUACAGGCUGUGUAAUUCUGAAAGCCAGUAUUGUGCAGAAGCGAAUUAUUUAUUUUCAAGACGAGGGGUCUCUUACCAAGAAACUAUGUGAGCAAGACUCGACCUUUGAGGGGGUGACUGAUAAACCAAUCUUAGACUGUUGUGCCUGUGGAACUGCUAAAUAUAGGCUAACUUUUUAUGGAAACUGGUCAGAGAAGACACAUCCAAAAGAUUAUCCACGACGAGCUAAUCAUUGGUCGGCAAUCAUUGGUGGUUCUCACUCCAAGAACUAUGUUCUUUGGGAAUAUGGAGGAUAUGCUAGUGAAGGUGUUAAACAAGUUGCCGAGUUGGGGUCCCCAGUAAAAAUGGAAGAAGAAAUUCGACAACAGAGCGAUGAGGUUUUAACUGUCAUCAAGGCGAAAGCACAGUGGCCUGCCUGGCAACCGCUAAACGUGAGAGCUGCUCCCUCUGCUGAAUUUUCUGUGGACAGGACUCGUCACCUGAUGUCUUUCCUUACCAUGCUAGGCCCCAGUCCUGAUUGGAAUGUAGGCCUGUCAGCCGAAGACCUCUGUACCAAGGAUUGUGGCUGGGUUCAGAAAGUCAUUCAGGAUCUGAUACCGUGGGAUGCUGGUACCGACAGUGGGGUUACCUAUGAGUCACCCAACAAGCCUACAAUUCCUCAAGAGAAGAUAAGACCACUAACGAGCCUUGAUCACCCUCAGAGUCCCUUUUAUGAUCCAGAAGGAGGGUCUAUAGCAGUGGUGGCCAGAGUUGUCAUUGAGAGAAUUGCACGAAAGGGAGAGCAAUGCAAUAUCAUCCCUGAUAAUGUAGAUGACAUUGUAGCAGAUCUUGUUCCAGAAGAGAAAGAAGAAGAUGACACCCCUGAGACUUGCAUUUACUCAAACUGGUCCCCAUGGUCAGCCUGCAGCUCCUCCACUUGUGAUAAGGGCAAGAGGAUGAGGCAGAGAAUGCUUAAAGCCCAGCUGGACCUCAGUGUGCCUUGUCCAGAUACCCAGGAUUUUCAGCCAUGUAUGGGCCCAGGCUGUAGUGAUGAAGAUGGUUCCACUUGCAUGAUGUCUGAAUGGAUUACAUGGUCCCCCUGUACUGUUUCCUGUGGAAUGGGAAUGCGAUCUAGAGAGAGAUACGUGAAACAAUUUCCUGAUGACGGCUCGAUGUGCAAAGUACCUACUGAAGAAACUGAGAAAUGUACUGUAAAUGAGGAGUGUUCUCCUAGUAGUUGCCUUGUGACGGAAUGGGCAGAGUGGAAUGAAUGCAGUGCUAGCUGUGGAAUAGGAAUGAAAAAACGACAUAGGAUGAUUAAGAUGACUCCAGCUGAUGGAUCCAUGUGCAAUACAGAAACUACCGAGGUGGAGAAAUGCAUGAUGCCAGAGUGCCAUACCAUUCCCUGUAUGCUCUCCCCUUGGUCUGAAUGGAGUGACUGCAGUGUCACUUGUGGGAAGGGAAUGAGGACCCGGCAAAGGAUGCUGAAAUCUGCAGCUGAGCUUGGAGACUGUAAUGAGGAGCUGGAGCAAGUGGAGAAGUGCAUGCUUCCAGAGUGCCCCAUUGACUGUGAAUUAACCGAGUGGUCCAAGUGGUCUGAAUGCAAUAAAUCCUGUGGAAAAGGUCAUAUGAUCAGGACAAGAAUGAUUAAAAUGGAACCACAGUUUGGAGGAGCGCCAUGCCCAGAAACUGUCCAACGUAAAAAAUGCCGAAUAAGAAAAUGCUUGAGAGGUCCAGGUCUAGAGAAAAGGCGGUGGAAAGAAGCCCGUGAGAAAAGGAGAAGUGAACAUGCCAAGGAAGAUGUAGAUGGUGAGCUGUAUCCAGGUUGUAAGAUGAGACCAUGGACUGCUUGGUCAGAAUGUACCAAACUUUGUGGCGGUGGAAUUCAGGAACGCUUCAUGACAGUAAAGAAGAGGUUCAAAAGCACUCAGUUUACCAGCUGCAAAGACAAGAAGGAGAUAAGAGCAUGUAAUGUUCACUCUUGUUAGCAAAACCCUAGGCUGCAAAGUGAUGGAGUCUGAGCUAAAUGGAAAGUCAACCAUGGUUUGAUUUUUUAAAAAAAUAUAUACAAAUGGUGUAUAUUAGUCUUCAUUUUUGCAGUGUGGGUUGCUUCUUAGUCUUGCUGGUGCAAGAAAUAUAUUUUAUAAAUAUUUCCUCACAAAUGUAUGCUGAGAGUGGUUCCUUGAUACUCCAGCUAGCCCUUAAUGCAUAAAACUAGUAAGUCAUUGUGAGUCAUUUAACUCUGAAAUAAAAACAUCUCUGUGGAUAUGCAAUAGCCAUAUAGAAAUAUUCCCUGUACAGACAUGGGGUGCAUGCAUAUUAAUGUAACUAAGUUAAAGUGACAUGUUUCACGCGUGGAAGGAAUUGUCUCAUUUGAUUUGAUUUCAAAAUAUCCAAAGCAGUGCCUAUGUGAUUACACAACUGUGCCAAGGAAUAAUUUCAAUAAUGCUGGUUCAAUAAUAUUAAAGGUACAUAUUUAUCUCUUCCCACCAUGAGGGUUAAACUAGUAUUGAAUAGUUACUAUCCUAUAUAUUUUUCUUCAUGAGGAUCCCCAUACUUCUUUAAACAACUCAGAUACAAAGGCAUCAGUCUGGAUAGCUCAGUAACAGUGUCUGCUCAAUGAGCAGUGGUGAUAAAAAAAUCACACACAGGAAAAAUACGGACAGUGUGAACCCUAAUCUUGAACACCAUGUUCAGUUCUGCCCACCACCAUCUCCAAAAGGAGGUCUAGAAAGACAAGGAGGUCUAAAGAAAGACAAAGGCAAUGAUUAUGGCAUGGAAGGACUUCCAUGUGAGAGACUGAAAAAUUAGGAAUAGUUUAGUGAAGAGGUAUAUAAAACAAUGAAUGGUGUUGCAAAGGUGCUGAGAUAUACCUUAUGCACAGAUGGGGGGAGCAGCCAACUGAAAACUAAUAGAAGGAUUUUUGUGUGUUACUUGAUGCAUAAUCAGUCUGUGACAUUCACAGCCAUAGGAUAUAUUCUUGCAACAAACAGUUUAUGCGGAUUUUUAAAAUGCGUAGACAUUUGUGAAUUAUAGGACUAUGGCCUGAAGUUUCACUACCUAAGAUAAAAAUCAUGCCUGACAGCCUAAGCCACCCACUAGCUGCCAAAGGUCAGAAAGUAACUUCUCAUACCUAAUGUAUGUUACUGCCUUGAGAUUUUUCACACCUUUCCUCUGAAGCAUCCAGUACUAUCCCCGGACAGAGACCAGCUGCUGGAUCCCAGGCCUGCUAAUGCACUGGUCAGUCUUCAUUUCUUAAGGUUUCAACAUUUAAAAUUGGGAAAUAAAGGUACAUUUGUAACUUUUGUGCAAGAAAGGGAUUAUAAACCUAUUUAUCAAUAAUGAUGCACUGAGAAUAAAGACUGUUGGUUGAUAACUCUUUUUAAAAACAAGUUUGAGAGAAAUGAAGGGAAAAAAUGAAACUUUAUAUUUCCUUUUAAACCAGCUGUAGAUAAUUUAUUCAGAUCAUUUAUACUUGGUCACAAGCCCCAAAAUCGAGCACCUGGUUUUGAAUUUCAUAAUUCAUGUGGACUGUUGCCACUUUUGUGUCAUUCUCUCUCCAACAACAGCAGGAAGCCUUCCCUGCCCCUCAGAGUGUCUGGCUGAGGCUCUGCUCCCUUCAUCCUCUUUCUGUAAAACUCCUGCUGGGCCUUCCCUAAUACCUUAGUACAUUUUGCUGCAUCUCUUGACCCCAGAAUGAAGUUAAGACCAAUGCAGCAGUGGGUGCAAACCUUGCGGAGCCAAACCAGAAAAAGGUUUUUCACUAACCUCUGAAAACCAAACACUUUGCAUUUUACAGAGCUCAGGUCAUUUUAUCAUGAUCACUAAGUUUGCACAAAUAAAUGUAUGGUCCCUACCUGCCUGGCCUAUUCUAUCCAAAGCAGCCAUCUGAGCUAAAAGACCCCAUGGAAUAUCAUAAAUACUGCAGGAGUGAUCAGACAGCCUCUUCAGGAGAAAGGGUGGGUACCAGACUAAACCCUGAGGUUCCCAGGAGCUGUCCCUGGGUAGAAACACAGAUGCAAAUGAGAACCAUGCCACAUGUUCUUUACAAGCCCUUGCUCUUGGUAACAGCUUCUACACCAACAGGUGCCAAGCAGUCGAUGGUAGUCAUUAGAAGCUCAGAUCUGUGCCUCUUUAACCUGACAAGCCCACAGUGGUCCUGUCGGCUGUGAGAGUUCUUUGUUUUCUCCUGGAUUGGGUGCUGCUACUUCGCAAGCCCUUCUGGCUUGUUCAUGCUUCUGCAAAACCUACGUAAAAGGCCACUCCAGUUUCUGUAACAAAAUGUCAUCAAUUGUCGAUGCUCUGUUCCCAGUCACUAGCAUUCUUCCUGUAUGUUCCAUGUCAUCAGAUGGUUUUAAAUGUUAGGUUUAUUCCCUUUGGCGAUGUUCUGAUAAUAGUUGAAUCCAAAUAUAUACUCGAGUAUGUAUGAAAUGUGAUAUUAUUUGAACAUGCCUAUAAGGAAAAACUUCUGGCAAUCCUUACACUGUGUUUCUAGUUCAAUUUCAAUAACCAACUUCCUUUAUUUUCCCUUACCCAGGACAGCUCACUGUUAUUUCCAGUCAUUCCUCUUUGGCUCACCAAGGCUAUGGAUGUUUGAGUUUUCACAUUCUUAAUACUAGCAAUCACAAAAUAGCUUGCAGUUAGAGAUGUGGUGGUUUCUGUCUAGAUCCAGCUUACCGUAUUAUUUUUCUGUUGAUCCAUUUUUCCCAGUUCACUUUGCUGACUUUCUUCUACCUUGAUACAAAAAAAUAUUUAAGCUUGUUACUUUUUGUAAAAAAAAAAAUAAAUAAAAAAUCUAUAUAUAUACACAAACAAAAAAAUAGGUUGAUUUUCUAAGGAAAACAAAAAGUUCUGAUAUAUAGUACGUAGAAUGAUUGCAUUGUUAAUGUAAACUUUCCAGUAGCAUAAUAUUCACUGCAUAUCAAAUCAAUAAAACAUUUAAAUGGUUCUUGCUUGUAACUCAUGAAUUAUACAGUUUUCAACUGAAAGCACAGGUCUCACGCCAGAGUUUUGUACACCCCACAUAUCAGAUUGUGUAUGUUAUAUUUUCUAACAUGAGCUAUAGUAGCUUUACAUGUAAUGGAAGAAAAGUUAGGGGCUUAAAUGUACAAUAGGUUUUAACACACAAUUUUUUUAAAAAAAAUUUGUUCAUUUGUUUUUAGUUUUUGUUUCCUGUGGAAUUUCUGAGAAAGCAGUCAUGAAUCUAUUUCUUACCAAAGUCUUGUGUAGAUGUUUUGUAGUUGUCUGGCUAACACAUUAUUAUUUUGGAAUAAAGACAUCUUUAUUAUGAAAAUUC